AUGACAAACGUCGGCAAUGACGACCCCAAACCUCUGGUUCUUGCAAUUGCAGGUGCAGCAGUCGGUCAUUUCACGCCUGUGCUGCACAUGUGCCAACACCUCAUCAACAAAGGAUUCGAUGUCAGCAUCCUCCAAGCUUCUUACUUCAAGCCUCAAAUCGAAGCCAUCGGAGCAACUUUCAUAGCCCUGGAUAAGGAGUGCGACUGGUGUCAAUAUGAUCUCGCUUUGGCCGGUAAGCCGGACGGCAAGUUUCCGGAGAGGCUUAAGCUGGCUCCCGGUCUAGAAACGUUGGCAUACGACCUCGAGCAUAUAUUCAUGCCGUACAUUCCGUCUCAAGCCAGCUCAAUCCGUCGGGCCUUGGAAGUGACGCAAAGGCGAGAUCCGUCCCGCAAACUCGUCAUGUUGGCGGAGAAUUCAAUCCUGGGUAUCCUUCCCCUCAAGCUGGUCUCGGACGAAAAGCGAGCUCUUGCACCAAAGAUCCUGAACGUCAACGUCGUUCCCCUUACCUAUGAGAGCGUUGACGUGGGGCCUUUCGGCACGGGACUCCCACCAGACUCGACACCAUCCGGCCGUCUCCGCAACAAAAUGUUGCAUGACCUUGUGCGCAAUUUUGCACUGAAGGGCGCGCUGGCAGCAUUGCGCAAAUACCUGAUUGAAGCCGGCGCAGACCCAGAGCACAUCCCUCCCCCAGGUGAGCUCGGCUUCAACAUCGUGUAUCAUCCGCGGGUGUACGAGCGUGUUUUUCAAAUGUGCAUUCCAGAAGUCGAGCUUCCUCGCUCCGACCUUCCUGGUCACAUUGAAUUCGUGGGAGGCCUGCCGCCAAAGCCGGUGCCGAAGGACUACACACUACCAAGUUGGUGGACCGACAUUACCGACAACGCCAGGAUGCCAGAGGUGACGCGUAAGAAGCUGGUUGUAGUCUGUCAGGGAACAUUCGCUACCAACUAUGAGCACGUCAUUCUCCCGACUCUGGAAGGUCUGCGGGAUCGGUCUGACGUACUUGUCGUUGCAAUCUUGGGCAAGGCGGGAGCGGUGCUACGUUCCGACUUCUCGAUUCCAUCCAACGCACGGGUAUCCGACUUCCUCUUAUACGACGUCGUGUUGCCGUUUGCUGAUCUUUGGAUACAAAACGGGGGCUAUGGGGGGUUUCAGCACGGCAUCGCCAACGGUGUUCCAACCCUCCUUGCCGGCGACACUGAAGAUAAGCCAGAGGUGGCGGCUCGGGCAGAGUUCUCGGGUGUUGGACUCAGCUUACACACGGGGAAGCCGAAACCGGAGCAGAUUGCACAUGGGGUGGACGAGGUGCUUGGUAACCCGAAGUACAAGAAGCGCUGCGAAGAGUUGAAAGCUGUGAUGGAAGAAUACAAUUCCCUUGGCAAGAUUGAACAAACUUUGAUAAAUCUGGCAAAAUAG